CCCCCAAUACUUGAUUAGGCGGUGGCUGCCCAAGCGAAGCGCGAGGCGUAUUCCCACCCUGUCAGUUGGUGCUCCGCCGCAAUGUUAUGAUGAGGCUGGACACAAUCUGGACGCCUUGAAACACGCAGACUUUAUGGGUAUAUACAACAUGGCUAGAAGUACCAGGACCUGUACCUUUUCCCUAACCAGCCCCGAUAUCUCAAAUCUCGUCAUCCGCUCCAGACUCCAAUUUUAACGUCCCUUCAAAAUGUUACCACACACCCUACUAUGUCUUCUCUUUGUCGCAACAUCCUCCGCGGCUUUUAUUCCACCGCCACCGCGACCUAUCCCAAGACCUAUAACACCAGACGAACCCUUUUCGCCAAUUGUGCCCAAUGAACCCCAAGUACCGGCAGCAAGACCAAACCGGCCAGAACCAGAAGUACCAGAAACACCAGACGCACCUGACAACAACUCACAAGAUUCCAAUACAAAUACGCCGGCGGGGUUAUUUGUCCCGUAUCCAACUAAAACGGCAACCUUGUCACCUGCAGAGGCCUGGCAAUCCUUUCUUGAUUCGACGGCAACGGCAACUUCUACAACAGGAUCUAGCUCUUCUAGUACGACGCGGGCAAGCAAAACGGCGAAGUACUCUGCUUCGUCGACAUCGAGUGUGACGGCGCCGGUGGAAGGAGAAGCAGCUAAGAUCGAGGGUAUGGGUAUGAAGCUAUGGGUGGGUGUGACUGGCUUUACGAUUGUGUCAGCAAUGGCCGUUGUCUUUUAGGGACAUCAAAAGUGACGAAGACGGAGACCAUGUCUGCACUUGCUGUACAUGUCUCACGUCUCGUCAUAUCUUUUGUUUGCCAAGUUUAUAUGAGGCCUUCUACUUCCCUGCCUCCUGCCCCCGUUCACGAGCUGCUUUGCAACAUUCGAACAAACUCAUGCGCACCUAGCCAUGGAACCUGAGCCUCUACGAAGACUCAUGUCUGCCAGGAGUGAAAAGUAUGGAUCAUGUCAGUUCUGCUCA